UCAGCAAAAGCAACAUAAAAGGCUUCUGUAAAAUUUCUCAAAAUCAUAAUAUGGGAGAACGGUAGACCUCAGUUUUGGAUUCUCCUUGAGCCAGGUGGAAUACAAAAUUAACGGACAAACAAAAGCUGCAUAAUAACGCACGGAAGGGGCAGCAAGUUGGUAAAUAUUUUUAUUAUCCAAGAUAUGUUGCUUCAAGCACAAUUAUCGGUAAACAAGAUAGUGUCUCGUACAGCUAUCUUUACAGCUCAACCCACUGUGGUUCUCAGUCACGUACCAAGCUAUCAAAGAUGGCUCCACCAUGUGUGUGUUAGCAACCCAGGCCCAGCUCCCGGUCCAUCGGCAUAUGCUCGGACGUUUCCGGUGCGCAUCGGACACUCCACUAUAAGCAGAAAGCCCACAACAUCCCAAAAGACCGGCCUGAAGGGAGUGUGGCACUCUCCCUUAUAAGGAGCUCCUAGCCUCCUCCCAUAUCCGAGGUGGGACUAAAGUCACAGACGUUGCCCAAGGUCAGGUUCCUGACACCCCACCCCCCUAGGGAAGCCCCCCUUAGGGUGGCGUGGGGCCCAGCUCUGAUACCACUUGUUAGCAACCCAGGCCCAGCUCCCGGUCCAUCGGCAUAUGCUCGGACGUUUCCGGUGCGCAUCGGACACUCCACUAUAAGCAGAAAGCCCACAACAUCCUAAAAGACCGGCCUGAAGGGAGUGUGGCACUCUCCCUUAUAAGAAGUUCCUAGCCUCCUCCCAUAUCCGAGGUGGGACUAAAGUCACUGGCGUUGCCCAAGGUCAGGUUCCUAAAAGUGUGAGAGGCAGUGGUCCUAUGCAUUCAGUCCUUCAAAGUUGCAACCACGUACAGAUAGGAACAUCCCACCAAGGGAGUUCAUGGUCUUGUCCCCUGACGAUUUGCUAUCUGUGAUAGUUGUGGAAACGAAGAUGCAGAUUUCCCACCAGACCUGCCCACUAUAAAUAUAUGAUCAUGGAACAAACCAUCAACACACACACACAGACCGACUUUUUUCUCUGAUUAUUCCAUCUCAGAGUCACAGCCCAUCUCCUUGAAACAAAACAAGCAACCAUGAUCAGCUCCAGGAAGCUAGCUCAACUUUCCAAGAAGUGGCAGGGCAUUGGCGCCAUUGGGCGAAGAAGGUUCGCAAUAUCAGACAAGGAUAUCCACCCAUCAUGCAGCUCAGUUGCAGGCAAGGGCCACUUCGUUGUCUACUCUUCCGACGGGAGGCGGUUCGAGAUCCCCCUGGUGUGCCUCCGCACAACGGUCUUCGAGGAGCUCCUGAGGAUGUCUCAGGAGGAGUUUGGGUUCACAAGCGAUGGGAGGAUCACGCUGCCUUGUGAUACAACAAUGAUGGAGUAUGUGAUGUGUUUGCUAAGGAGAGAGGCCUCCCAAGAUGUUGAGAGGGCACUCCUCAGCUCCAUAGUGACGACUUGCCACCGCCCAAGCAGAGUGAUGCAACCACCCAGCGGACUUAACCAGCAAUUCACUGUGCACAGCUCCUGAAAAACGAAGAUCUGGCAGCUUCUUUCUUUUUUCACCUUCCAUCUUUUUUUUCCCGGACGUACUUUUGGAGCACACUUCUGUGCAGAUUUUUUCCAAUUGUCCCGUGGAUGUACAGAUGGAUGCAUGUAAGAAUAAUCACAUUGUGAUUUCGAAUACAAGGAUCAAGCUUACCACAUUGAAA